CCAAAAACUCCUUACAAAGUUGGUGGAGUGGCAUUUCAAUCAAGAUAAUCAUGAAGGAUGGGAAACGAUAAUCAUUGGGAACUAGAUUACAAAUCGUUUAAAAUUUGGAGGUGUACGGCGGUGGGUGGAGUUGGGAUGGCGGUGGAGUUCAGGUCUGGCUUGGACGACGCCUGGUACGACGUCCUGAUAGCGAACGACGGCUGUGAUCGACUGAGAGUGAAGUUCGUCGGCUUCGGCGACGACCAUGACGAGCUUUAUGAAGUGAGCGAGUUGAGUUCGUUCAACGACAUCGACGAGUUCAGCCGGAGGUUCAGGCCGUUGUCCGUACAAGUACAGGACACGGAUUGCUCUCAGGUGGUGAAGGGCAUGCUCGUCUGUGCCUCUCACUCCAUUCGCCGCGGUGAUCGCCGCUUCUACGACGCCGUUGUCAAAAAGGUGGUGCAUGAGGAACAUCGGUUUGUAAAAGGAGAGGAAGAAUGUUCAUGCAGCUUCAUCCUCUUUUGGAGACACGGUCCAAAAGCAGGGUCUUUAACCGCACAAUCUCUCGAUACCAUUUGCAGAGUCCAGCCUCGUACAAACAAAAUGCAUCCGCUUUUGAACUCUUUUCUAAAAACAGCCAGGGAGAAAAUUGAAACCACUCUUUCUAAUAUUUCUACAAUUCCUCGUGAUGUUGCUUAUGACGCAAAAACUUGUACGCCCAACUAUAGGCACAAGUUAAGCCUUUCUCUAAGUAUAAACAAGGACAAAAGAACUUCAAGGCGACCCUUAAGUCUCAUCUCGUCUCUGAAAGAUGGGAUUGUCAAUCCUUCUCAGGGGGCUGGGCACGACAUGGAUGUAGAAGAGGUUCCCUAUGUAAUGACCAUUGAGAAUCUGGAGAAGGGGUUAUCACCAUUAAAGAUCGUGGAAUUUAUACAUCAACAACUUUCAAUCUCAUGUCAAGCAUUUGUUUCGCCAAGUCUGUCAUCUGAGUGGUAUACACGAGGAAUCAUCCUGCUGGAUAGCAGAAAGAGUUUUGACAAGUUAUCCGACUUUUUGGAGAGUCCCGAUCACAUCAUUAUUUCUUCACGCGGAAGCGAGUGUCCAAAAUACAGACUCUUGGUUUGGUGGAGAUCUUUGUUUCAAGCCUCCAAUAUCGCUCUUCACAUACGGCCUUGGGUCAUGACUGAGAAAAGACGAGCACAUGACAGACUAAGGGGUUCAAUCGUAAACUCCAUGCUUAUAUCGCAGAAACUACUAGAGCGUAGAAGAACAAAUACUUGCAACGAAUUGAAAGUGGUCAGUUCUGGAACUGAAGAAUACAUGAGAGGCAAGCUUCUGCAAGAUUUAUUUUGUGAGUAUUCUAAUCAGCAACGCCGGCUUCACCAGAAGUUACUUGUCGAAGAGGGAAAGAUCUGGCAGCUAUUUAACGCAGCGGAGAAGACUAAACCGAGGUGAAUGCGUUCGAAGGCUAGGUUUUUUAGCAAGAUUUUGUUGUGUUGUACACAUACCAACUGUUGUCAAGUUACCCUUGAGGUUUUGCCUACACAGUGGACUGAGAGUUGCGACUUUUUUGAGUUUUGACCCCAUCUUUUGACAAGCAAAUGUAAGAAAAUGCAGCCCUUCAAUGGGGCUGAGAGUUAGGAUACAUAGGAUGUACCUAACAUUUUGAUUAGUAAGAAAUGAAUGUGCAUAUGUCUAAA